UGGGUAGAUUUGCAACUCUGAGGGAAAAGUUUCAGAAAUAUAGAGGAGAGGUGAUGCCCAAACCCAUGAAGAGGUUAUCAGUGGAGAUAGAGAAAAGUGCAUACUGGUUUCCUACAUGCAGUUCAGAGGAUAAGUUUGAGGUUAAGUUCAUGGGUACUAAUGGUUAUAGCUUCAUUGUAGACUUGAGGGCACAGUCUUGCACUUGUAAUCUGUGGGAGUUGGUAGGAAUUCCAUGCAGGCAUGCUGUUGCAUGCAUAUCAUACAAUGGUCUAAACCCACAGUCCUUUGUGCAUGAUUACUACAAAAGAGCAGCUUAUGAAGCAACAUAUGGUCAUGAGAUCAGUCCUAUUAAUGGCCAGACAAUGUGGGAACCUACCAAUGACCCUGACAUACUACCACCACUGUUUAAAAGGAGGCCUGGAAGACCUAAGAAACUGAGAAGAAGGGACCCUUAUGAAGAUACAGAGCAGACACAUCUAAACAGAGGAGUUGCAAGGCACAUGUGCAGUAGAUGUGGGCAGCAUGGACAUAAUACAAGGAGAUGCACACUUCCCCCACCUGUAAAUGAAGAAGGAGAAAAUUCUCAAGCACAAAAUGAAAGUCAGGUCAUUAAUGAAACUCAAACACAAACUGAAACCCAAGCACAAAAUCAAGUUCCCACAGAUGGAGGAACCUCUCAAGCUGGGCCUUCUCAGCCUGGGCCAUCUCAGGUUGCUAUACCACCUCAAGUUCGUAGGUGCAGCAGAUGUAAGCAAGUUGGACACAAUUCAAGGAGAUGCAGUCUUCCUGUCAUAACUCAAACUGCUACUUCUCAAGCUGUUCAUGUAAGUUUAUUGUAUACUUGACAGAUCUAAGGUCAUAUACAACAAAUCAUUAUUCUAAAACAAUUCAUGAAAUUGCAGGAUGGAGCCUCUCAAGCUGUGCAAUCUCAGGUUGAAGAUGGAGCAAGAACUCAGGAAGAAGGUGUGGCGAAUCUGCCAGGAUCUGGAGCUGCAUCUCAGGUUCAUGGUGGGGAAGAUCUGACAGCUGCAUCUGCAUCUCA